CCAGCAGUCAUAAAAGUUGCUGGUAUAGACCUUAAUGGGCUUGAAGAUUCGACUCCUUCCUUACAUUUCAGCUGGGAGCAAGUCUAAGAGUUUUGAUCCAUGGGAUUAUACUGAACUGCUAGCAGAUCCAUCUAAACUUCCUCACACAGUCUCUCGGUUACUGUACUUUAAUUACUUCCGUUCGUCUCCAUUAACUGUGAACACUGCCAAAACCCAUCAAUGUUUGAAUGAAGGAUCGUUGAAGCAAAUGCAGAAGAAAAAUGUCCAAGUUGUUUAUUUACUCUAUCAGCUGGAAAAUCACAUUAGGAAAAUUCAUAGCAGACUGAAGAUUGAUCAACCACAAGCAGGUGUCUAGUCAAUUCAGGAGCCUUACUUUAACAGCCAGCUCUAAACAGGGAGCUGAUAUGCAGGAUCAGAGUAAAAGAUAUUCCCACCUCUAUUCCGGAUAUAUGAGAGGGAUCCCAUCAGAAAGACGGGAUGACAGUGGGACGUUCUCUCUCCUCUCUGAAUCCUUACAUUCCCCGUAUCCUACAUACCAGCCAAAAUCCUUGUCACUUUCUCUGUCUCGAGUGUAUGAACCUGGUGGUAAAUCCGACCCGAAGAUGACAAGAUCUAUUGCUGGUAUAUCCAGAUCACUCAAGAGCCUCGAGGUUGAGAAACCACUCAAUGGGAGGUGCCUGUCCACUUCGAGGUACAGUACCUGCCUCGAUAUGUCUGCUUUCUCUCAGUGUAUACCAAAAAGGAAAGCCACAUUAAGCUCACACAAUGUCGAUGUGGGCCGAUAUACACCAUUCGGCCAAAUCUCGACUGACAGUGUUGGCCUGUCAGUCUCCAGCUUUAAGGCACUCCGUGACAAAGAGGUCACACCUUGUUUCUCCGAAUACUGGGCCAUGAGGCAAUCAGAUUCCAACAGGCCAUUUCGAGACCGCACCUCCCCUGACUGGGACCCUGACGAGGAAUACCAAGCUCUGCUGGAUUUUACAUAUCCCUUAAGACCAGGGCACAUCAGCUCCAGGGACAACUUAGAUGAUGAUGAUGAUGAUGAUGAUGAUGAUGAUGAUAUGACCUCUGACUCCUAUCUAAAGGAUUCUGGGAUCAUGGAUGACAGCCCGAUACCCUCCCUGUCAAAUACAACUAUUACAAACACCUCAUUGUCACUGCCUGCCUACCAGUCUAACAUUGGCAGUGCUGCUAAUGUCACCUGGGGCCAUUCUAGCUACAGAGAGGAUCACACAGAGACUCCUUACUGUUCCUCCAGUCCACUCCACCUGCACAACCAACCAUCCUAUUGGCUCUCCGAUCAAUCUCCUAAGGCUGGUAUCAUUCCAAACACCUCUGUGGAUAGUCCUGCGAGGAAUAAAACCGAGGGCCUCGUUAACCGGGCAGUCCUGUCUGAGCGGACCAUGGCCUCUUCAGUCAUUGAUUCGAGUUUUCUCUCAGGCAGCUCAAAUGAGGAAUCUUCCAAGCCUUUGCUCUCAGGGAAAGAUCCUGGAGGCUUUAUAUUAACCACGCAGGUCCUACCUUUAAACAAAGAGUGGGAGAGUGAGGAGGAAUUUCUCACUCUCCCAUACAAGCUGAAUGAACUGGAAGCCUUGGCCCAACAACUGGAGAAGCUCUCUGUUCAUUUGGAGAGCAAGUCUGCCAAAGUAGCCAAUGGGAUGAGAGAGGGCACAGACCCUAAAAGUGGCAACACCAAGUGUAACCUCACUAAGCAGGACAACAGCACUGAGGCUGCUCAGUCAAGCUGCCAACUGGGAAUUAGUCCCAGAAAGAAGCCCAAGAGUCUACAGUAUGAAGAUAUAAUCGCCGACUUAAAAAAGGCCAAUGACUUUAUUAGAAAGUUGGGCACAUGGUCUGGUUCUCAGCUGCUAUUCAACCAGCCCUUCGAACAAGCAACUGAGAACAAUGUGAGCCUGUUGGCUCACAUUCAGAGCUUUAGCUCUAAACUUGAAGAAAUGGUCCAGUGGUUGUAUGAAGUAGCAGAGACCACAGAUAACUGGAUCCCACCACAGCCCACAAUGGACAGUAUCAAGGCUUCCCUGGAUAAGUGCAUGGCUUUCAGGAAUGAUAUAAAGGAACACCAAGAGCUGACUGCGAGUGUGUUAAAUUCUGGAGAACAUCUGCUCCAGUCAAUGAGCAGCGCCACACCAGUUCUCAAGGAGACACUUGAAUUGAUCUCAAGACAAUCCAAGCAGCUGAAUGGACAUGCUGCCCACCUGUACCUUUCGGUUCUUGCUGCUAUGAAUAAGGUGAAAGAUGAUUUGGAGACGAAGCAACAGGAAUUUGAAUCUGCUGGCGUGGAAGGGCAAUCAGUAUUGAUGCCAAGUGGCUUUGAGGAAUAUGAUGCACCAAACCACGUGAACAUGGAUCAUCCAGUUUAAAAGGCUGAGCAGUGGGAGGGUGAUGCUCCUUUUAAUUCGAGCCUGGGAAGAACUUGCUCUGCCAAAUUAUUGGCAUAAUUUUACACUUUUCUAAAAACAAAGUAAUGAUCAAUGAGUGUGUACACCUCCUGUUAUUACACUUCAAAACUCUAUUUUAUGGUACUUGGUUACUUUUAUUGCCACAACUUGAAUUAAACUUUCAAUUUGGUCAAAUUCAAGUCAUUAAAUAAUACUUGGUGGCCUCAGAGGCAAGUAGAAGAAAAUCCGUAACUGCAUCAAGUAUUUUGAAUUGCAGAUAGAUCUCUCACAUAAAGGCCUGUUAAGUUGCAACCCAUACUAGGGUUUACGGGACUUGUGGACAGGCAAUACCUCCUCCUAUUCAGUCCCUCCUUGUGAGAUGUAGAGUGUUAUCAGCUCCCACUCUUGGGGGAACAUUGCUACAGUAUUCUUCCCACUCCUGCUGCUGUUCACUGGUGGCUGCAGGAUAAAUUCAGAAGCACAAAAAAAUUCAGAGAACAGGGAUUCUGAUUGUACAGACACUGGUUUGAACCAGUCUGACUCCUCUGUAAUCUCCACAGUACAAACAAAGGGAUAACCCUCAACCUGACUGGAGGAGAAAAGGUGACAAAGGAUUGCUACCCAGCAACCAGGGUGGUUGACCAAGUCAAGGUUCAGCAGUCAGGAGUGUUAGCACCUCUCAAUGUGGGUAAAAAGUGACUGGGUAACUGCAAUGUUAUAUGAAGUCAUACAGGUGGUGUAAAUACUAUGAACAAAUCAUAUUUGACUAGAUAGCUUUUCUAAUCUUAUUAAAAUUACUUAAUUGUAGUGUCUAAAAGCAAUUUGCAGUCACUAAUGUUAAUUAAAAUUUGUCUUACUUUAAAGUAACCAGUGUGCAUAUAAUUUAAUUUGUUUUAGUAAAUUUGUAGAUUAUCUUCCCCUUGUUGCAAUGAUUAGCAAGGCAAAUGUGAAAAUUGAGGCCCACCUCUCAUCAUCCAUGGUCUUAUGGAGAAGUGAAGCAGUUUGAACUGAAUUCUGGUGCACAGACAUGAUUCAAUGUUUGCAGCUUGAUGUGAACCAGGGCUCCAAAGCAGAAAAUUCAAGCAGUUAAUCCAAAAACGAUGGCAAAAACUCCAUUCCACAUCCAAAUGCCAUGAGGAAUUGCAUUAAUGUCCAGCAAAAAGCCACAAUAAUUCUAAAAGGCAUUAUAGUAGCACAGUGGCUGACUGAAGAACAUGCAAGAUUGUGGUUUGAUUUUGUUAGUCUUGCAUGAAAGAAUUCCUGUUUGAGCUGAAAACAAAGGAAGUUACACAAGCAAUCAGAAAAAACUAUCAAGUGGGACUUCAGUUUUCCUAGUGAAGUAGUGAGGCUGGCACUGGCUCACUCAGGGUAGGGAGGUUUCAGAACUCCUUCCUUGUGUUACUGAUGUUUGACCCUCAAGGUCGGUCAAGUCAACAAACAACUUGCAUUUCUGUGCUGGUCUUGCACAAUGCCAAAAUACUUCACAAAAGCCAACAGACGCGAAGGAGCCAUUAGAAUACGAGAUCAAAUGCUGUAUUGAGGAGGAAAUGGAGCUUUAAAGAGAAAAUUACAGAAUUGGGGAUUGAGCAUUAAAAGGCAUAGCAGGUAAUGGUGGAAAGAUGUAAAUCAAGGUACUGUAAUUAAUAGCAGUAGGCCAUUAAGCCUGUUCUACCAUUCAAUAGGAUCAUUGCCUCCACUUCUAUUGUCAUCCCCUCAGGGAUCUAAGAUCCAACUCUGCCUUUAAUACUCUAAUUAUGGCAGAGCCAUUGCAUGUUGAGUCUGGGUCAAAGAUCAACAACCCUCAACAGAAAUGCUUCAUUUAAACAUAAUUUCUCCUCCGCCAGUUCUAGGUUUCCCCACAAAGAGAAACUUCUCAGCAUCUUGUUGAAAAAUACAAGAUCAUCUCUCAUUCUGUUAAACUCUAAUGAGUACAGGUCCAACCUACUCAACCUUUCCUCAGCUGACAACCUCCUCUUCCCAGGAAUCAACCCAGUGAGCCACCUUUGAACUGUCUCCAAUACAAGCAAAACCAGACACAUUAUUUCCAAUGUAGUUUUAUACCAGCAGUCCUUCCAAUAAAGGCCAACAUUCAUUCCAUUUCCCUUCCCAAUUACUUCCUGUACUUGCACACUAUCUUUGAGAUUCACAAAGGACAUUCUGUAGUUUAUCUCCAUUUAAAAAUUUAUUUUUCUAUUCUUCCUGCCAAAAUAGCCAACCUGACAUUCCACAAUAUAAUCCACCUGCCAAAUGUUUACCUCACUCUCAAACUCUGUAACAGACUGUGUUCUCCUCACAACUUGCUUUGCCAGCUACCUUCACGUCAUCACAUUUUGCUAUAUCAUGUCAAUGUUCAGCAUUGGUCCCUGUGACACUCCACUCGCUACAGUUUUCCAACCUUAAAGCAAUCCUUGAGGGUGAACAGGCUCAGAGAAGCAUAGGAGUGGGAGAGGUUAAAAGCAACCGUGAAGGGACAUAGCAGUCACUUGUUCCUGUGGAGGGUAAACACCAAAAGACUGGGUAGGUCUCAGUGUUUCUAUGAAAUUGAUUUAUUUUGUAAUCUUUAUACUUUAUAUAGAUAGUGUAUUUCAAUGUCUUCUAUGGAAUUAAUAAAUACAUACAAAAUAAAAAGAAAUGUGGAAGAAAAA